AUCUUGUUUGCACUGAAGGAGAGAGUUUCACGUUCGCCAGGUAGCGAUGGCACACAGUGUCCUUCCUAAAAUCCACUUCCCAUCCGUGGCAGGCAACUGAGCCUUUUUGGCUCAUCUGGAAAACUUUAUUACCAGAGCUGAUAGCUAAUGUCGUGUGCAAACCUCCGAUUUCUAUCAUGUCGGUUUCCGCAGAGAGGGUCUCGUCACCGAAAAAAGUGCGUGAUCUUACCAAACGAUCGAAUUCUCUUGUGAUCAAUUUGAAGUCGUCGCCCAAAAAGUUGUUUGAUGUCGAUAAGAGCAAAGAGCCCAAGGAGAUCCUUCGCUGGUUUGGACCAGUGGACCCGGCAUUGAAGCACAAGGGAUUCCGUGAGGCCCACCAAGACGGAACUGGGUACUGGAUAUUCGAAACGCCAGAGUACCUGAGAUGGACGAAUGCAAGGAAUUCCGCACUGUGGAUCCAUGGAGUUGCGGGGGCGGGAAAGACGAUUCUUGCGUCUCUUGUGAUCGAAACUCUUUCAUUGUCCAAGCCGUCGGGGCUUGCCUACUUCUACAAUCUAUAUAAUGACCCCGACAGCCAGAAUCCAGUAUAUAUUCUGGGAUCUCUUGUGACACAGCUCUGUCAACAGAACGCCCACGCUUUUCGGGAUGCAAUUGAGUUUUACAAAUCCUACAAUACACCGGGCGAAGUGCUGAAGAAACCUACCGUAAUACAACUUGGAAUACUGGUGCAACGACUGUCGCUUCAUUUUGAUGUUGUAUCAGUUGUGGUCGAUGGUCUGGAUGAAGUGGGGGCAUUACCAGACCGGUCAGAGUUGAUGCAUGUAAUAUCCACGUUGCACCAAGGCACAAGCAACAUCAGAACUAUCGUCUUCAGCCGUGACAAGACGGAUAUAGCAUACCAUCUAUCUAAUUUCAACCAAACUUUUGUUGAAGCGAGGCCAUCUGAUCUUCGGCUUUAUGUCGCCGCCAACAUUCAUAAGCUUCACCUCAAUGACGACGGAUUGAAGACGGAGGUCUUGGAAGCAGUAGUUGAUCAUUCAGAUGGAAUAUUCUUUUGGACCAUUUGCCAGAUCCAGCUGCUACAGAACCUACCCAGCACUGGCAGCAUCAGCAGCAUUGAAAACGAGCUCAAAUCAUUACCUGGUGGCUUGCCAGCAACAUAUUGUCGAUUAUUUGAAAAAAUCAACGCCGAGUAUUCCGUCCAAACCCAAUACUUUGUACAGAGAGCCCUGAAUUGGCUGGUCUGGGGACCACCAGGCAUACAGAUGGAUGAAUUUGUGCAUAUGGUAUGCAUGCACGAUGAUAUUCAAGAUCUAUAUCCAGAAGACGUUCCAAACCCAGACUCCAUUUUAAAAUGGCUUGGAUGUCUUGUUCGUAUGACCAGGGGUAGUUUUGAACUCGCACACGUCAGCAUCAGAGAAUUUCUCGUAAGUUCUCAGACCUGUCCGGCCGUCCAAAAGUACUUGAUGCCAGAGACUGAAAGAUUUGGGCCAGCACUGGCAUGUUUCUCGUAUCUUGCACUGCGAUCGGUGACACAAACGCCAUUUGACCUUUUUGACGUUGCAGCCAGAGAAGCUUUCAGCAAGAGGUUUCCAUUCUACCAUCAUGCAGCAACUCGCGUUAUCGAGCAUGCCGCUUCAUACGAUCCCCAGACUGAACGACCACAUUUUCAACGUCUCUUCAACGACUCUGCUCCCCAAUCUCUAUAUUUUUGGAUACAAUAUGUGGCUCACUUCCGUCUUGGGGGGAUAAACCAUGCCGAUAGUAAAGGCUGGACAAUAAGUGAACGGUUUGGAAAUGCCAGUCACAGAACGUCACCCCUUCACGUCGCUUGUGAGCUUCGACUCUUCAGAACUGUCUCAAGACUUCUUUUUGAAGGUGCAAAUCCGGAUCUCCAGUUUGCUCGAUAUCCAAGUCCUCUUCAUCUUGUGGUGGACCCCACUUCGAAUGACUCUCUCUGCUACAACGAGAACGCUCAUUUAUACCCCACAUUCAAGCACCCUGUGGAUUCGCGGACACUCAAAAUCAUCACAUGUUUACUUGACGCCAAGGCUGAUGUGAAUCUAACGAGUCGCUAUGCCGAUAGCAGAAUGAUUGGGCGGAGAUCUAAGCAUCACAGCUGUUGUUCCCCGUUAUAUGUUGCCAUCUGGUAUCGACUUCCAGAGGUCUGUCAAAUUCUGCUAGACUACGGAGCAUUGUUGAUUGGCGACCUACCCGCCCUGCGAAAGUUAGCUGCCAAUUUCGAACUUGAUCACACAGAAGAUGAUGGCGAAACGUGGGUCGCUAUAUUUGACAGAUCCCUGAGGCAAGCCACAUAUGAGCCUGGCGUUCAGGCAAUCCUGAAGGCACUAAAGGUCAAAGCUACACCAAACCGGCUUGAUAAUCCAUCAUGGCAAGAAUAUUGUGGUCCAGGGAAAGUCACAGACACAUCAAAUCCAGCAGAAGCACUCCAAGAAACUGACAAAGGUCUCUUGCAAGCCAUCAAGAGACGUGAUCUAGACCUAGCGGCAUACUACAUGGCGAAAGGUCCCGCACUAUCAACCAAGGAUGCUAAAUAUCUGAACGCACUUCUCGUUGCAGUGCAAAAUGAAGACAAGUUAGAUCGACUUCGAUACCUACGUGCGUCACGGGGAGAAAGUCCGGAAGGCUCAAUGGUGGAGAGAGCCAGCCAGUAUGAAUUGAUGGGGAACUUGGGAUACGCCAAUUUUUUCCAAUCUAUGUGGAAUCAAGGACGAAUGACCAAGACUAUUGAGAAGGCAGACACCGAUCGCCCUGCUACUAACAGGGGCGGUAACGCUGCUCAUCAGGCUAUGGCAAAUGGUGAUUUAGCCACUCUAGAAGAACUGGAAUCUCAAGGCGUUGAUAUCGAUGCCGAAGACUGUGUGGGAGAGCGUCCGAUUCACAUCGCUAUUCAUCAGCAGUUUGACACUGGGGUGGACUUCAUCCUUCAGAGGAAGUCACUGGUCGACACGAUCAACCGAGCGUCAGACCACUGCGGCACUCCAUUAUAUUGUGCUGCCAAAGAGGGCAACAUCGACAUUGCUGAAAAGCUCAUAUGCGCAGGUGCUUUCGUCAAUGCAGUUGUACUUCCUGGAAAUGUACUUGGACCUGCUUUGUAUGUUGCGUGUGCGGAAGGACAUGCAAGGCUUGUCAGGGUAUUGCUUUCUCAUGGUGCUGAUGCAGGAGUGAGGACCUCGAGGUAUGGAAGUGCGAUGGAGGUUGCAAAGGCAUUUGAGCAUAGAGAGGUGAUUGAAGUGUUGGAGAGUUUUGGGAGGUGCGAUGUGAUAUAUCGGGAGCUGGGGAUUACCUCUCAAGUCUCUGACAAGGAAGAUCGGGAUAUCUAGAAAAUUUGACCUGGGCUCCCUUCUGGAUGUAGAAUCGAACGGCUUGUAUA